AGAAGAGGCGGAGGAGCCGGCCUGCAACCUGCCCGGGCGGCUCUUGUAGGCGCAGCCGCCUGAGCGGCCGCCUCCACAGCUACCUCUGGAGGGAUCCGGCUGAGGAGGAAGCGGAGGUGUCGCUGGCCUCGGCGUUUGCUUUGAUCCUCAGCGGACGCUCAAGGGGGACUACAGAAACAUCUUUCCAUCAGUGGACAUCUGUGGCUAUCCUGUUCAGAGGAGUAUCUCUGAUGGUUAAGGGUUAUGGGUGCUACAAGUGUGCUUUCAGAGCAGUAGUUUGAGGAAACUUGAAGUGGGAUGGCAGGACGGCCUCAUCCCUAUGACAGUAACUCCAGUGAUCCAGAGAAUUGGGAUCGGAAAUUGCAUAGUAGACCUCGUAAACUUUAUAAACAUUCAAGUACCCCUUCGCGUGUUGCUAAAGGAGGAGUGGACCACACCAAAAUGAGUCUACAUGGUGCUAGUGGGGGGCAUGAGCGAUCGAGAGAUAGACGAAGGUCAAGUGACAGAUCGCGAGAUUCAUCACAUGAAAGAACAGAGUCUCAGCUUACUCCUUGUAUUAGAAAUGUUACUUCUCCAACUCGACAGCACCAUGUUGAACGAGAAAAAGAUCACAGUUCCUCUCGUCCAAGCAGUCCUCGUCCUCAAAAGGCAUCGCCCAAUGGUUCCAUCAGUAGUACUGGGAACGGCAGCAGAAACAGUAGUCAGUCAAGUUCAGAUGGUAGCUGUAAGACAUCUGGAGAGAUGGUUUUUGUAUAUGAAAAUGCAAAAGAAGGCGCACGGAGUGUAAGAACAUCAGAACGAGUAACACUAAUAGUGGAUAACACUAGAUUUGUUGUAGACCCAUCCAUUUUUACUGCGCAGCCAAAUACAAUGUUAGGCAGGAUGUUUGGAUCUGGCCGAGAACAUAACUUUACACGUCCCAAUGAGAAGGGAGAGUAUGAGGUAGCAGAGGGUAUUGGUUCCACUGUGUUUCGAGCUAUUCUGGAUUACUAUAAAACAGGAAUAAUCCGUUGUCCUGAUGGCAUAUCCAUUCCUGAACUGAGAGAAGCAUGCGAUUAUCUUUGUAUCUCUUUUGAAUAUAGUACUAUUAAAUGUAGAGAUCUCAGUGCCCUAAUGCAUGAGUUAUCAAAUGAUGGUGCUCGUAGACAAUUUGAAUUUUAUCUGGAAGAAAUGAUCCUCCCUCUCAUGGUAGCUAGUGCCCAGAGUGGUGAAAGAGAAUGCCAUAUAGUGGUGCUUACAGAUGAUGAUGUGGUUGAUUGGGAUGAAGAGUAUCCACCACAGAUGGGAGAAGAAUAUUCACAAAUUAUUUAUAGCACAAAAUUAUAUAGAUUUUUCAAGUAUAUUGAAAACAGAGAUGUGGCCAAAUCAGUGUUGAAGGAGAGGGGUCUUAAGAAGAUUAGAUUGGGAAUAGAAGGUUACCCUACCUACAAAGAAAAAGUAAAGAAAAGGCCUGGAGGUCGCCCAGAAGUGAUUUACAACUAUGUCCAAAGACCCUUUAUCCGAAUGUCAUGGGAGAAGGAAGAAGGAAAGAGUCGGCAUGUAGACUUUCAGUGUGUGAAGAGCAAAUCGAUCACUAACCUUGCAGCAGCUGCUGCAGACAUUCCCCAAGACCAGCUGGUAGUCAUGCACCCAACUCCCCAAGUGGAUGAGCUGGAUAUUCUCCCUAUGCAUCCCCCGUCUGGCAGCAAUGACCUCGAUCCUGAGGCACAGAAUCCAAUGCUGUGAUGCUGAUGUUCCAUGAAACCAUAGCAUGCUACUCUUCACAGUGACGUUGUACUCUCCUCAUUCUGCACUGCAGGGCCACUCUUCAUUGUAAGAUGCACAUAACGUCUAGCAUAUUGCAAUGUAGGCUUUUUCAAAGACCAAAGGUAGCUGAAUGGUUUUCUUAAGUGAGUACAACUCUAGCAUCUUGAGGUUCCAGUUACAUAAAUGUUUUGUUUACCAGUAGGUUUGUGAAAUUGGUUCUUUGUAUGGGGACAGUCCUUUUUCACACAUCUAGGUCUUUUCAGAAGUGGUCAAAAUUGGCAGCUGGGGUACUUUCAGUCUUUUCAGAUUGGUAUUUGUUAUACCCCAGAUAAAAUGCAGAAUAUUAUAUAGUUGCACUUUAUAAAUGGUGGUCAAAUGGAACUGUUCAAGCCAUUUUCUAGUUGUGAUGCACAAUAUAACUUAAAUAAGUGCUUCUAUCAAAGUAUUCCUUCAGUAAGAUGUGUAUAGUUUGCUGCCCAUGAUGAGCAAAAAAUGAGUAUUUAUCUUGGGCUUAUUUGGGUGAUUAGGAUGAGUCAGUGCCCACGUCUUACCUGUUCACUUUUCUCCAGUGCCAUUUCACCCUCUCAGUGAGUCACAUGCAAGGAGUGAACAGCAGAGGUGGUUUAUGAUCCAGUUUGCCUUACCCUUAAUCUGUUCACAGAUAUUUAUUUACUAAUACUUUUGAGAGUUUGGGAUAGGAAAAUGAAGUGUUUGCUCUUCAUUUACUAAAUGAUUGUAAACUUGAGUUUUUUCAUCAAUAAAAUUCCAUUGUUUUAAGGUUU